AUGGGUGCUCAGUAUAGUAGUUUAAAUGAUUUAAAAUCAAACGAAUAUUUAUCGCGUUUUGUUGGUGAAGAAUCUAUUUCUGUUAAUGAUCCAUUCUGGAAUCAGUUUUUAUCAUUUCGUCUUGUUUCUCCAUUUACAACUGCUCAUUCAAAGUUAAUUGACGAGUGUUGUUCGAUACUACUUCAACAGUUUGAAACAAAUAAUCCAAAAACGAAUAAUUAUGGAACGUUAAUUGAAGUAUUUAUCCGUCUAGCAAAUGAAGUUCGCGAGGAAUGUGAAGAGCCAUAUUCUUAUCCAUUACAUCUUGAAGUAUUAAACACAUUACUUGCAUUAUUAUCGAUUCAGAUGUGUGCCAAAGAAGCAUCGUUAAUUAGUGCUGUUUACAACAUAUUUAUGCAUCGUCUUGAUUCAUUGUUAGUAUCUGAGUUUACUCGUACAUUACUGGAACAUUAUAUCAAACAAAUACCUUGUCCACAAUCACUUGCCUCAACAGUUGAAGCAGACAGUGGAAUAUUUUAUAAACUUGGUCAAAGCGUUGCAUCUGGCUUAUGGUCUGUUGUUACACUUGGUCUUGCGUCAACAUCAACCACAACAGUUAUCGUAGACGAUCAGGAUGUUAAUAGUAAUUCAACCUCUGAUAUUCCACCAGAUCUUCGAAAUCGUUUGCUAUCGAAUCAAAGUAUCCAUUUAUUAUUGAUAUUAUCAAAUCAUUUCACAAAUGAUGCACAUAAAAAUCCAUACAGACUGGCAUUACUACAUUUUACAGAAGAUAGUCCUACAAAUUUGCCAGAUUCUGAACCUUUACCUUGGUUUUCAAUUGAUUAUCGUCGUUUAUAUGAUGUACUAUGUCGUACAGUUCACACUGAUCAAAGUACACUAUUACUCUAUAUGUUAUUACAUCGAAAUCAACAUUUUAAAGCUUAUGUUAUAUCACGAACAAAUAUUGAUCAAAUUGUAUUGCCUGUUCUUCGUGUAAUCUAUUCGGCACAUGAACGAAAUUCACAUCAUAUCUAUAUGUCAUUGAUUAUUUUACUAAUUUUAUCUGAAGAUGAUUAUUUUAAUAAAACAAUUCAUGAUAUCAAAUUAAAGAAAUUAACGUGGUAUACUGAACGUACAUUAAAUGAGAUAACAUUGGGUGGUUUACUAGUGGCUGUUGUAUUACGAACAAUUCAAUUUAAUAUGACACGUAUGCGUGAUAAAUAUUUACAUACAAAUUGUUUAGCUGCUCUAGCUAAUAUGAGUUCACAAUUUCAACAUCUUCAUUCUUAUGUUACACAACGUAUUGUUAGUCUCUUUAAUCUAUUAUCACGUAAACAUGCAAAAACAUUAGAUUUAAUUCAAUUACAUUCAAAACAACAAUUGUCAUCGACAUUAGCAACAUCAGCUACUAAUCCAUUAGUGACAGAUCAAGUUUUGAAUGAUCAUGUUCAAGAUUUAACAAUUAUCGAAGAUGUUAUGCGAAUGGUACUGGAAAUAAUUAAUUCCUGUUUAACACAUACAUUGGUUCAUAAUACAAAUUUGAUUUACACUUUACUGUAUAACAGAAAUAUAUUUGAAACAUACAAGACACAUCCAUCAUUUCAAGAUAUAUUACAAAAUAUUGAUACAGUUAUUAUGUUUUUUGCUGAUAAAGUUGAUAAGUUAGAACAACGUUCAGUUGAUUAUGUCAAAGAAGCAUUAGACUUGGGUGCACGACAAUUUCCUCUUGAUCGUUUAAAGAAAUUUCCUGAAUUAAAAUUUAAAUAUGUUGAAGAAGAACAACCAGAAGACUUUUUUGUUCCGUAUGUGUGGACAUUAGUUUAUAAAUCGUAUUUAAAGCGUAUUAACAAACGGAUUGUCAUGAGCUAUGGAAGCGGUAACAGCGGUGGUGUUAAACCGAUUCCUCAUCAAAUACCAGCGCUACAUGAUCCAGAUGAUCUUAUUCAAAACAAAAUUGAUUUGAAACAUAUAGCUAAUAUGAGCCAUCAUAUGCAUGUACCCGAUUCAAUUACAGUUGGACCAAAUCGUUCAAAUUCUCCUCGUCUCAAUGACGAUAUACCAGUGAGAAUGGAAGUGCCAGAAAGAAUAAGACCAGGUGGUAAUGGAAGUGUGGUUCUGUUAACAGAUUCUAAUUUUAAUAAUAAUUUAUACCAUCAAGAACCAUCAUCAUCGGCAACAACUCAACACUCAUUACCGUCAACAAUGAGACAUGUGGAUUUCGAACCACACGAUGACGAUUAUGACAACUCAACAUUACCAUCACAACAAUUACAACGAAAUACAUUACAACCAUCAAAUGCUGUUAGUACAGAUGUAUGGCAUAUUGAACCGUAUGGAACAGAUAGUAAUUCAAAUCUUGUCGAACAUUUGAUUGAACUUCGGUCGUUAGAAAACCGUGUACAUCAAAUAGAACGUUCAUUACAACGACGUGAUUUUCGUGAUAGACUAUUGUAUUCAGCGGUGUUUGGAUAUGUUCUUAUACAAGCAUUAUUGUCAAUACGACGGUCCAUUUUGAAUUAA